GAAGCACAGCGAGCGCAGCCAAAAUCCACGCCGAGAUGAUGAGGCCGUCGCUGCUGAGGACCGCGGCGCAGCACCUGCGCCGCCGCGACUACUCCGCCGCCGCGCAGCCGGACCGGAAGGUGGCCAUCCUCGGCGCCGCGGGCGGCAUCGGCCAGCCGCUCGCCCUCCUCAUGAAGCUCAACCCGCUCGUCUCCUCCCUCUCCCUCUACGACAUCGCAGGAACCCCCGGCGUCGCCGCCGACGUCUCCCACAUCAACACCCCCGCCCUGGUGAAGGGGUUCAUGGCGGACGACCAGCUGGCCGAGGCCCUGGAGGGCGCCGACGUGGUCAUCAUCCCCGCCGGCGUGCCCAGGAAGCCCGGCAUGACCAGGGACGACCUCUUCAAGAUCAACGCAGGCAUCGUCAAGGGCCUCUGCACCGCCAUCGCCAAGCACUGCCCCAAUGCCCUCGUCAAUAUGAUCAGCAACCCUGUCAACUCGACUGUGCCGAUCGCAGCUGAGGUGUUCAAGAAGGCUGGUACUUUUGACGAGAAGAAGCUGUUCGGUGUCACCACCCUUGAUGUUGUUCGUGCUAAAACUUUCUACGCUGGGAAGGCAAACGUGCCAGUCACUGGGGUGAAUGUUCCUGUUGUUGGUGGCCAUGCUGGUGUUACUAUCCUGCCACUGUUCUCACAGGCUACUCCUGCAAGUAAUGCAUUGUCCCAUGAGGAUCUUAAGGCCCUCACCAAGAGGACACAAGAUGGUGGGACGGAAGUUGUUGAAGCAAAGGCUGGAAAGGGCUCAGCAACAUUGUCAAUGGCAUAUGCUGGUGCAGUUUUUGGAGAUGCAUGCUUGAAGGGGCUCAAUGGAGUUCCUGACAUUGUAGAGUGCUCCUUUGUGCAAUCAACUGUAACAGAGCUGCCAUUCUUUGCCUCCAAGGUAAGGCUCGGCAAGAACGGAGUGGAGGAAGUGAUUGGGCUGGGCGAGCUGUCUGCCUUCGAGAAGGAGGGUCUGGAGAGCCUCAAGGGCGAACUGUUGUCCUCCAUCGAGAAGGGUAUCAAGUUCGCGCAGGAGUGCUAGUCAACCUGCUCAGAUUCUGACACUCCGCACAUGAACUCGGUGGGAUCUGAUGAAUUUUUGGUACGACUCCUUUCACAAUAAAAUGGCGUGUCUUGUUGCCAUACUGAACUGAACUUGUAAUACCAGAAAGAGUGAAACCCUGUGCCGUAUGUACCACAGUACGGUGAACCUGAAAGAUCAUGAAGGUAGCAGCAGAUUCUGUGGAAGCUGCCUCGAUUCGCUCUUGUUAAUGUCCUACAGGAUCAUAUCUCUGUCAUUCCGCAUGUAAUGUUAACCUGCUACUACUGAGGUAUUGGUGUGGUAGACAUGCUGUUCUUUGUAGCA